AUGACGGCAAUUGAGAGCUUCGACAGCAUCUACCUUGACCUCUCCAAGGAGAGCGGCAAGUGCAGAUUCGCAGAGACGGGCUUUGGCUGGAAACCGGCCGGCGGCGGCGACACCUUCACCCUGGACCACAGCAACAUUGGCGGCGCGCAAUGGAGCCGUGCAUCCAAGGGCUACGAGGUGCGCAUCCUGCAGCGCAGCUCGGGCAUCAUCCAGCUCGACGGUUUCCACCAGGAGGACUACGACCGCCUCAGCAAAGUCUUCAAGAACUGGUACAGCACCGUCCUCGAGAACAAGGAGCACGCCCUGCGCGGCUGGAACUGGGGCAAGGCCGAGUUCUCAAAGGCCGAGCUCACCUUCAACGUCCAGAACAAGCCCGCCUUUGAGCUGCCCUACUCGGAAAUUGGCAACACCAACCUCGCCGGCCGCAACGAGGUCGCCGUCGAGAUGUCGCUGCCGCAGGACGCCAACGACACCGGCACGGCAGGCCAGGGCGGCGCCCGUGGAAAGGGGAAAAAGGCCGGCGCCGGCCGUGACCAGCUCGUCGAGAUGCGCUUCUACAUCCCCGGUACCACGACCAAGAAGGAGGCUGAGGGUGGCGAGGACGCCGCGAGCGACGAUGGCGAGGAACAAAAUGCCGCCACCCUCUUCUACGAGACCCUCAUUGAAAAGGCAGAGAUCGGCGAGAUGGCCGGCGAUACCAUCGCCACCUUCCUCGAUGUCCUGCAUCUUACCCCCAGAGGUCGCUUCGAUAUUGACAUGUACGAGGCCUCGUUUCGCCUCCGCGGCAAGACGUACGACUACAAGAUACAGUAUGACGCCAUCAAGAAGUUCAUGGUCCUCCCCAAGCCCGACGACAUGCACUGCAUGCUCUGCAUCGGCUUGGAUCCUCCCCUGCGCCAGGGCCAGACCCGCUAUCCCUUUGUCGUGAUGCAAUUCAAGAAGGAUGAGGAGGUGACUAUCGACCUCAACUUCGACGAGGCCGAGCUGCAGAGCAAGUACAAGGACAAGCUGGAGGCCCACUACGAAGAGCCCCUGCACCACGUCGUGGCCAAGAUCUUUCGCGGCCUCGCCAACAAGAAGAUUUCUUCUCCGGCAAAGGACUUCAUCACCCAUCGGAGCCAGUACGGCAUCAAGUGCUCCAUUAAGGCCAGUGAGGGUUUCCUGUACUGCCUGGAAAAGGCCUUCAUGUUCGUCCCCAAGCCCGCCACGUACAUUGCCUACGAGCAGACGCAGUCCGUCACCUUUUCCCGCGUCGGCGGCGCUGUGUCCACCCUGUCGACCUUUGACAUCACCGUCGUCUUGAAGAACGGCGCCGGGUCCUCGCAAUUUAGUAACAUCAACCGCGAGGACCUCAAGGCCCUCGAGGCCUUCUUCAAGCUUAAGGGCCUGCGCGUCAAAAACGAGAUCGACGAGGACGCAAACAUGCUCGCCGCCGCCCUGCGCGAGCAGGACAUGGACGAGUCGGACGACGAGGUGGUGGCCGGCGCCAACGCCGACCGCGGCUCGGCCGACGAGGACGAGGAGAGCGUCGACGAGGACUUCCAGGCCGACAGCGAGAGCGACGUAGCCGAGGAGUACGACAGCGCCCACGACAGCUCCGGCUCCGGCUCCGGCAGCGACGCCGAGAGCGGCGUCGACGAGGCCGGUGCCAAGGGCGCGGACAAACAGGACGAGCGGCCGAAGAAGAAGAAGAAGACGGGCUGA